AUGGAGGCUGGCAGCAUGGAGGUCGGCGUGGAGGAGGCCCGGCCGCGCAGCAUGGAGGUCGGCGGGGAGCACGCCGCGGCCGCUUGCGGGGGCCCGGCGCCCUGUGCCCCUGCGCCUGCUGCAGGCGCCGCCCCGGCAUGCCCGGCGCCGCCCGGCCGCUCCCCGCCGGGCCUCGCCAGCGGCCGCCCUCCCCCCGCGCCCCGGCCGCCGCUGUUCCCCGGGGCGGCGCAGGGCGCAGUGCCGGCGGCCGCGCCUGCGGUGCCUCCGCCAGGGCUUUCGAACAUCAAGCUGCUGCUUGCGCACGAGAGCGGCGUGUCGGAGGGCCCGACUGAGUCGUCGAUCAACGCUCUCGACACGGAGGACGACGACUUCCAGACCGCCAACUUCGAGAGGUUCUACGAGCAGAUGGCCGCCAAGGCCCACCUGCGGACGGACCUCGGCCCGGGCGGCACCCAGAACCUGAUGCUGUCGCUCGCGCGGAGCUACCGCCGCCUGUCCAAGGACAAGCGGCGGCGCGGCCUGCGGGCCCUGCAGAGCCUCGCGGCCCAGGGCUCCACCCUGGACAACGGCACGGCGACGGGCUCCAAUCCCGGGUUCAAGCGCAUCGAGCCCACGCCGGGGUGGUCGAGCAACACCGAGGACAGCGGCUACGAGGGCGGCUACGAGACCGACGCGGAGGAGAGCGAGAUGAGCGAGUGGGAGGGGGUCAACAGCAGGCGCCAGGGGCACAAGCGCAAGCUCGACGCGCUGGUGCACCUCACCAUGCAGCUGGGCCUGUCGGGGCCGGCUCGCAGCAGCGCCGACUCCAGCCCCCGCUUGGAGAUGCCACCGCCAACCAAGACGCCACGAGCGCAGACGCCACGGGCGCGGGGAACGCAGGCGGUGGGCGUCCGGCUCGAGCUGCAGGGCCCCCGGCGGGCGGGGAGCUCCGCCGGCAGCGCCGCCGCCCCGGGCGCCGCCGCCUCCUCGGGGGCCCCGGCGCUCGCGGGCGACGGGCCGCCACGAGGCAGCACGGACGCGCCGCAGGCGCGCUGGGCGGCCGGCCCAGGCGGCCCGACCUUCCCGAGGCUGGCCGGCUGCACCGGCGCGCCCGACGCCCCGCUGGCGCUGGGCAGCGGCCUGCCGGGAGUGCUGCCUGGCGCCCCGCCGUGGGUGGCCACAGGAAACCUCGGCGGCUUCGAGGGCCCGGGACAGGACCCCCCGGCCCUGGACGUCGCGAUGCCCACCGCGCUCCCGGCCCUGGACGCCUCCACUGCCCCCGCCCGCGCGGUCGGCCGAGCAGGCGGCGCAGACAGCAUGGACGUGGGGUGA